ACUUGUACACCUGCUCAGAUUCUGUUGCAUCAUUUUUGCGGUAGGUGACCCCAACCCCUCCGCCAAAAUCCGGCUAUUAGAUGUGACCACGAGGUUGAUCAGGAGAAGCCACCAUGUCUUAAACCCAGACGGGCCAAGCGGAGCCCUGUCCCCCCACCCUGGACCACCCUCCCCCUCCCCCAUCCACCACCUUACCCCUUCUCCUAGUCCCAUUCCUCUCCCAGACCUUCCUGUACAUGUAAGGGGCAGGUUACCCAGCGCUGGCUCCCCGCUGGGACACCCCUCCCCAUCCUCCGGAGAGAUGAGCCUGCAGAAGCUCCAGCCUUUGGGUGGUGGCAGUGGAGUGAUGGGCUCCGACCGAGACCUGCAGUCCACUGCUUCCUCCAUCUCUCUGCCCUCUGUAAAGAAGGCCCCCAAGAAGAGGCGCCUGUCCCUCGCCUUUUUCGGACGGCGAGGCAGGGAGCCCAAACCAGGACGCCAAAGGUCGAGAGAACUCCACCAUUCUGGACCUGGAGGAUUCGGAGGGGUGGAUGGUAUCGCUAGCAUCGAGAGUAUCCACUCGGAGAUGUGUAAUGACAGAAACUCUUCUUUCUUCUCUUUGGCUGGGACUGGGGCUGCCUCUGCUGUUGCCACCUCAUCUGCCUCAGGGCCUUCCUCCUCUAUAUCCUCCUCAUCUUCCAGGGGCGGGGGUGAGAGAGAGUUCCUGGAGUGCCCGCUGUGCCUUCUGCGCCACUCAAGGGAGCACUUCCCUGACAUCAUGACCUGUCCACACCGCUCCUGCAUUGAUUGCCUACGCCAAUACCUGCGUAUUGAGAUCUCUGAAUCCCGUGUAAACAUCAGCUGCCCUGAGUGCUCAGAGCGCUUCAACCCACACGACAUCCGCAUAAUCCUCGGUGACCAGACACUCAUGGACAAGUAUGAGGAGUUCAUGCUGAGGAGAUGGUUAGUGGCUGACCCUGACUGCCGGUGGUGUCCUGCACCAGACUGUGGAUAUGCAGUGAUUGCCUUCGGGUGCGCAAGCUGUCCUAAAAUCACGUGUGGCAGGGAAGGUUGUGGCACAGAGUUCUGUUACCACUGCAAGCAGCUGUGGCAUCCCAACCAGACCUGUGAUGCAGCCCGACAGCAGAGAGCCCAGAGCCUUCGCCUGAGGACAGUCCGCUCAUCCUCCCUCAGCUACAGCCAAGAGAGCGGAGCAGCAGCCGAUGACAUAAAGCCAUGUCCACGCUGUGCCGCUUACAUCAUCAAGAUGAAUGAUGGCAGCUGUAACCACAUGACCUGUGCUGUUUGUGGCUGCGAGUUCUGCUGGCUCUGCAUGAAGGAGAUCUCAGACCUGCACUACCUGAGUCCCUCAGGCUGUACUUUCUGGGGGAAGAAGCCAUGGAGCAGGAAGAAGAAGAUUCUUUGGCAACUGGGAACACUUGUUGGUGCCCCUGUCGGCAUCGCACUCAUUGCCGGCAUCGCUAUCCCUGCUAUGAUUAUUGGCAUCCCUGUGUAUGUGGGGAGGAAGAUCCAUAACCGCUAUGAAGGCAAAGAUAUCUCCAACCACAAGAGGAACCUGGUGAUCGCUGGUGGAGUGACGCUCUCUGUUAUCGUGUCUCCAGUGGUGGCUGCAGUCACUGUCGGAAUUGGAGUUCCCAUCAUGUUGGCUUACGUUUACGGUGUAGUGCCCAUCUCAUUGUGCCGUAGUGGCGGUUGUGGCGUCUCAGCUGGGAAUGGUAAAGGAGUUCGCAUAGAGUUUGAUGACGAGAAUGACAUGAAUGUUGGAAGUGGGGCAGCUGCCACAGAUUCAACAUCUGUGGCAGACACACGGAACAACCCCAGUAUAGGUGAAGGUAGUGUCGGAGGACUAACGGGUAGCCUCAGUGCCAGUGGAAGCCACAUAGACCGUCUUGGAGCCAUCAGAGACAACCUUAGUGAAACAGCAUCCACCAUGGCCCUGGCUGGAGCCAGCAUCACAGGCAGCCUCUCUGGCAGUGCCAUGGUCAAUUAUUUAAAUAGACUAGAGGUGCAGGCUGAUGUGCAGAAAGAGCGCUGCAGUCUGAGCGGUGAGUCUGCCACUGUCAGUUUGGGUACAAUCAGCGACAACGCUAGCACCAAAGCAAUGGCUGGAUCCAUUCUUAACUCCUACGUGCCGCUUGACAGGGAUGGGAACAGUAUGGAGGUCCAGGUGGACAUCGAAUCCAAACCUGGCAAACUUCGGCACCACAGUGGCAGCAGCAGUGUAGAUGAUGGCAGCCAUGUUGGCCGCUGUGGCUGGACCUACCCUUCCAACGGUUGUACAUCCUUAGAAUGCAAAGGAACCUCAGCAAAGUGGGCCAAAGAGGCCUCCUGCUCCUCCUCGUCCGGCUCGGGGGGCAAGAAAAGCAAAGGAAAACUACGCAAGAAAGGCGGCGGAGGCACCAAGAUAAACGAGACACGGGAGGACAUGGAUGCUCAGCUGCUUGAGCAGCAGAGCACCAACUCUUCAGAGUUCGACUCGCCCUCACUGAGCGGCAGCCUGCCAUCUGUGGCCGACUCCCACUCUAGCCAUUUCUCUGAGUUCAGCUGCUCUGAUCUGGAAAGCAUGAAGACAUCCUGUAGCCACGGCUCCAGCGGAGGCGACUACCACACACGCUUUGCUAACGUCAGCCCCCUACCUGAGGUGGAGAACGAUCGUCUGGAGACCUGUCCAGCGUCUUCAUCUUCUCCCCAGGGCAGAGGAGCUAUAUUUGCUCCCCAAUCCCCCACCUCCUCCCUCGGUCCUGGUUCAGAGCUCUCUCCUCUCUGCUUCAUAACAGAGCAGAAUGUCAACAUGGUGUGCCCUGCUGAGCUGGACUCUCACAGCAACACCAGAGAGCUGCUUAAAGAAACCAACAACAACAACCACCAACAACCACAACACCCAGCACAGACCCAGCAGCAGCAGCCCAAGAACUCUUGUAUACAGACUGACAUAUAAAAUCUCAAUACCUUAAGUGCUGCACGGAUUUUGUUUUUAUUUGAUAUCAUUUCCUCAACUAAAUUACAAAUUAUAGCUGCAUUUCUGUUGUUUUGCAAACUGCAUCUCUGUUGCUACCUUUCAACUUGUUACCUUUUGGGACCUUCAAAAAAAAAAAAAAUCCACCCUCAAGUAUAACACUUUGUCCGCUGGCAGUUAGAGCGCUGCCAGGAAGUUUAAAGAUGUUCCUGAAGUUCAGCCAUAUGAGAAAAGUAAAGGUUGUGAAUGGUAGUGAUUCUUCCUGUGGAGCCCAAAGACUGCUGACACUUAACGACAGUUCACUUACUCACCACUUGUAACAGAGACAGCCCACUGAUUUGGUAACUUUCCUUUUGAUCUGUGUACGUUAAAUGAAAAACCACUGUGCCAGUAAUGCGAGUGUUUGACUUUGGCUUGAUAAUAGCGAUUCUCCAGAAGUGAACUCAGACAGGGACCAGGCAAUGUGAAUCAUUAUUUCCUCUUUAUACUUCCCCACAAAUGUAUUCGUAACAGAGGAACCUUUGUGUUCUUGUUUGUGUUUAUAAUGACACUUUAUUUUUUUUUUCCCUGGAUGAUUGUUUUUAAAUGGACCCCCAAAUGAAAACUAGAAGGCCUGGGCUUACAGGGAUAGUUUAAGGUACCCUUCUGUGUUUCAGUGUUUUACUUACAGAGGAUGUCAGUCAGCAUUUCUCCUCUACCUCUAUGUACCACUGUGGACAGAGUUUGAAGCAAAACGUCUAUAAACGUCACGCCUAUAAACAAAUGAGUUUGGCUAGAUGAGCUGUUUGGGUCAUGAAAUGCGAUGGUGAGCUGGACUAAUAUUCACUUCUCUGUGUAGAUUUCACUUUGAUGAGAAUGGCCUUAGACAGCUGUGGCUGGCUAUAAAUAUAUUAACGUCAAUACUGCACUAAUCUACUGCAAAAAUAGGACAGCUGAACGUGUGGUGAGGCAAACUGCUGCAUGAAACUAUCAGCAAAGAGUGCCAAAUAUGUAUGAGCUGAACAACUGACCAAACCACUUCAAAAGUUGUUCCUCUUCCUCUCGGUUUAUUGGUUGUCUCUCUCUCUCUCUCUCUCUCUCUCUCUCUCUCUCUGUAAAAUAGAUUCCUCUAUUUAGCCUGGUUCAUAAAUUAUCCUCAUUCCGCCAGCAUGGGUGGAAUUAAGUCAUUUCCAGCCAAUUGUAGUUCUUGAUUAGCUUCUCUGAUAGCAUUGCAUGCGUAGGAAUACAGAGCGUAUGUUUAAAAACACAGUGCCAAAGUAAAGGGCUGUCUGACAGCAAGGUGAAGCAGUGAAAGUAUGCAAAGAAUAUAGCAGUAACUUACUUAGGUUAAGGUGGGACCUUUUAAGUGGUUAAAUGAUGUAUUGCUCAAAUCAGCUGCACACAGCUUAGCUUUAGUGUUGGUACUUCCACUUGGUUCUCCAAACAGGAAUCUGAAUUACUCCCUCGUUAUCUGAAAUAAUCCAGAACUAUUUACCACUGAAUUCUACUUGUAACACAACUGAGGUUUACUAAAGAUGGAUAUGCUCUAGCACCUAGAAGAUGUUGCCUAACAGCCUUUCACCUGCUGCUUGGCAUGUUGGACCUGCAGCUGCUGAGAGUCCCUUGGAAGCCCAGGCCUUGGUCAGCUCUGUGGAGGACUGUGUUUUAGAGAUAAUGCUGAAAGUAUUCUUAUUCGCAUUAACCAAUGGUUUGGUCAUCUCUCUGAAAUUUUAUCAAGAAAAUAUUUAGUCCUUGUGAUUUAUUCAUUGUGAUGAUUUUGUCUCCCUGACUAAGAGAGAGCUUUGAUGUCUUUCUUUGUUAACUCAUGGUGCCUUCAAGAAGCUGUUUGUGUUCUCUGUUUGUCUCUAUCUCCACUGUGUCUUCAAGACUCAAAACUAAGACGACCCAUUAGGGGUUGCCAAAUGUCUGUCAGCGGGAGGGAUGCUCAUUAACAAAACGUACUGUGGUAGAUAUGGUAAAUGAAGACUUUCCAAUUGCCUACCAAAGACAGCACUCAGGCUUUUGUUAAAUCUCAUACAUUUGUCACCUGCUGACACAGUAUGGUUUAUCCUUUUUACACCAAGGGGACAAAUGAAUAUACAAACAUACAGACUGCUGUUUUAUACAUGCCUCACAAAUGCUACACAAAUGUCUGCGGUCCCAGAAAGGUCCGAGACUCUUGCACUGCUACCUGAACUUCUUAUUACCUUUAAAUCCAGAAAGGUUAGUUACCUUCCCUGUUGAUUUGUCCUUUUUUGAUUUGCCAAUUGGUGCUGCAGAGCAGACUUGGAAGUCAAAAUCUGCUUUCAACACUGAACUCCAGAGUGUUGGCUCAAGUUUCUCUUCAGUGGACAGCUUUAUUAUUGCCACUGAGUUGGCUCAGGUGAACCUCUCUACCAGGUAGGUUAAAGCGUUCUUGAAUGGUUAUUUGACCCAGGUCUGUUUCUGAAUGAACACUUGAGUUUGGUUCUGCAGAUAAAGCUACAUGCUGCAGUCCUCCCCACUCAUUUAGCAAAAUGUUUUCUUUCUUUCUCCCCAGUUCUCUCAUUCUUCACCAAAACUCCGGUUUCUUGAUCCUUAUUUGAACACUAGUGCCAGACAUAAUUUGUGCAGAAUAGCAUAAGGUAUUUGUAUAUGUUUGGUAAUUUGCUUUAUUAUAUGCGUGUAAAUGCAUAUCAUAAAAAUAAAACAAAAAACAAAUA